CGACAACGAAGAAGCAUCGCGCCCUGGGCACGAGCCGAUCCGAAGUGUGGCGAGGACGAAAGCAGGGUGCCAAAGCAGUGCCUCACCACUCGACGUGGGUGGAGCAUUGACGCAUGCUGCCCGUUUAUACUGGACUUGAAUCACAGAAGUCAUGCUGCUGCUGGCACCUGUGCUGCUCGCCCUCAACUGCGCUCACAUGCAGCAAUGCGGCGCGUUCGCCGGACCCGCGCGGUGGCACGCGAGCCCCUUCAUGGAAACACAAGAGCCGGCCACUAGGAGUGGCGGUCAGGACGCCUCCGACGACGAGGUAGUCGCGACAGCCGAGCAGGCCACCCAUUUGGUCCGCGUGCGCGGCCGUGAGGCAGCGGCUGGGGGUAAGCCCGUGUCAGCGCCGGGCCACCGGCGACUGCACCGCCAGUGGACAGCGCCUAACCGAAGGCAUGAUGACGACCGAAAAUUCGAUGACGGAGGCCCCUUCUACCGGCGCCUCUUCAACCGGCGACAAGCACGCAACGCUGAUGUUAACAGCGGACCGCAGCGCCGGUUCCGCCCCGAGCGGCACGAGCGGUGCGACGACGACCUGGACUGCCGCGUGUCUCCCAGCCAGGUGUGCGUGAAGCGAGCGCGCGAGCCGUUCGGCCGCUGCCAGUGCCCCUUCUACCGGCCCGUGGAGAUCACCGUCGACGCCGUCGUGCGCGUGACGCCAUGUCUGCAUGCAGCCAAGGACUUGUUCGACGAGUGCCGUGCCACGGAGGAGUGCACCGCGGCGAACCCGUACCUGCGCUGCGUCAACCACCUCUGCGUGUGCGCCUCGCCGCACGUGCUCCACGACAGGGACCAGUGCCGGCCCGGUAGGUCUCUGCACGUGGCGAUCAUUCUGCGUAGGCGGGACACGAGACCCCGGUAGA